AUGGGAUGCUCAUAGCCAACGACGUCGAUAAAAAACGAUGUUAUAUGUUGAUUCAUCAGACAUUGAAGAGAUUCCAUACAUCCAAUUGCGUCGUUAUUUGUGAAGAUGCUGCUCGAAUGCCUGUUCUGAAGGGAAAAGAUGACGUGCCGUUAAAAUUCGACCGCAUACUCUGUGAUGUAAUCUGUAGUGGAGACGGAACUUUAAGAAAAAACCCAGAGAUUUGGGGAAAAUGGACUCCACAAGACGGAUUAGGGCUACAUCGUAUGCAGCUUUCAAUUGCGAGACGUGGAGCUGCCAUGUUGAAAGUCGGUGGUCGAUUGGUCUAUUCUACGUGCUCUAUGAAUCCCAUAGAGGAUGAAGCGGUUUUUGAUCGAGAGAUGAAUUUGUACGGGAAGCCGUCCGAUGUACCGGAACCACUGCGAAAGAUGAUAU